AUGGGUCGAACUAACUUUUCCGAUGAGGAAAGAGACGCUGGCUACUGUUGGCUCUUCAUUGAGAGUCUUCAAGGUCCAGCCCUUGGAUGGUUCACUGGAUUGGGACAAGAUUCCAUCAACGACUUUCACGACCUGACGUCCGCGUUCCUCAAGCAGUAUGUUUACGAGACAAGAAGCGACCUUAUCCAACCUUUGGAACCUAUCUCAGGGAGCGAACCAAAGCCUCCGCGACUUCAUGGAGAAGUUCAAAACUGUCGCUUCGAAGUCCCUGUUCGCGAGGAUCUCUAUAGAAACCCCACAAACUCACUUCAAGAUGCUAUCACGAGGUCGAACAACUUCAUCCGGAUGGAAGAGGACACAUCAGCGAUACUCAAGAAAAUGAAUGCGGCCGCUAAACAGACGACUGCUCCAAAAGCUCUUGAGGCACGCCAAGAACCCCGACAACACGCCACAUGCAACAAGCCCAAUCAGCAGAAAAGCUUUGUCUACAUUGUCGAAGAUAAAAACCCACCCCCGGGGUCGACUGUCGUCGUAUGCGAGAAGGGUUGGAACAUCUGGGAGAACGACGAGAAGCCGCAAACCUCUUCGGCACCUUCAACUUUGACUCCUGGCCCGACCGAGCCAAACCUAUGGUGCAGCUUUCAUAAGUCCAAGGCGCAUGAUACGAGGAACUGCAGGCAGCUGGUCGAUGUGCUUUUCUCAUCUUAUGAAAACAGAACAGCCAACGUCGGGCUUCCCAAGCCUAGGCAGAACAACACCAAGAGCUGGAGAAAAAACAAAGAAAAGAAAGCUCAUAAAAAUCAAGACAAGGCCGGAGCCCGACCCAAACGCGCAGAAGAUGACAAACCAGAGGAGCAGGACGAAGACGAGGGCGAAGCGCAAAUUGAAGAAGAGCAACCUCGUAACUAUUGA